CACCGUGGGAAACGUCCUUCCGGUCCCAGCGUCACCGCCUCAAUUCAAACCGGGGAGAUGGCGGGUAAUCUCGCAGCGAUGCCGGUCUCCGCCUCGCAGGAUCAGGACUCCCGGACCUCCUCAGACUCCCAGACCUCGGCGCCCGCCUCUCCCGCGGAGGACUUCCGAGUGCGCUGCACCUUGAAAAGGGCCGUGUCGGAAGUGAUGGAGCAGUGCAGUCGCUUCGUGCAGGAGCUCGGGGCCGCGCUGCCGGAGGACGUCCGAGAGCUCGCGCUGCGGGACGCGCAGUGGACUUUUGAGUCCGCUGUGCAGGAGAAUGUUAGCAUCAAGGGACAAGCCUGGCAGGAAGCUACAGAUCACUGUCUUAUGGAUGCUGAUAUCAAAGUGCUUGAAGAUGAAUUUGAUGAGCUCAUAGUAGAUGUGGCAACAAAACGUAGGCAAUACCCUAGAAGGAUCCUCGAGAGUGUCAUCAAGACAUUGAAAGCACAGCACGAGAGUCUGAAGCAGUAUCGUCCUGUUGUACAUCCCUUGGACCUGAGAUGCGACCCUGACCCAGCUUCUCAUGUGGAAAAUUUGAAAUGCCGUGGGGACGCCAUAGCUAAGAAAAUCAGUGACGCCAUGAAGGCUUUGCCUGUGUUAAUUGAACAAGGAGACGGCUUUUCCCAGGUCUUGAAGAUGCAGCCUGUCAUCCAGCUACAGAGGAUCAAUCAGGAAGUCUUUUCCAGUUGUUACAGGAGAGCAGAUACCAAGCCCGACAAGUCUGUAACACAAAUAGAAACCACACCAACCGAGACUGCAGCCAGGAAAGCCUCGAACAUUGUGCUAAAGAGAAAGCACGCAUCGGACUGCUCUCAGAGAAAGUGCUACCCGCUACGGCUAAAGAGAAUCAAUCUCGACGGAUAAGCUGUUGCUUGGGGAGUUGAAGUCAAUGCUCUCAGCAUUUGGGUCACAGUCUGCUGCUUGGGGGAUGUCACUUAAACAGCCUGUGACUCUUUGCAGGCACAGCGCACCACUCUGCUUGUCCUCGGCUGUGGCGGGGUUCUCUACGCCCUUGAUCUCCUUCUGUGCUAGGUAAAAGCCUUUUGAGGAUUGCACAGCCCUGCCUGUGUCCUCAGAUGCCAUCUGUCUCUGCAGCCUUGCAGCUGCCGAGGCAUUGCAGGGGUGUGCGCUGAUGCCCUGGGGUGGCUCUGCACGACAGUGUGUGCAUGGCUAGUUCAGUUCAUCAGGUGAGCGCACCGAAGACGGGCUGGCCUUGGCUCUGUUCCAUGGGCAGUUAAUUUACAGUUUUAGGGUUUUGUUUUGUGAGAUAAAGGAGAAGGCUAGUAUUUAUGCAGGGAAUAUUCUUAAAAAGCAAACCUGAGGCUGGAGCCUCUGUUUCCUGCCUACACUUUCAUGUCUGUAGGUUUUUUUUAAUAUAACUUGACUGGGAACUGAUAGUUUCUUUUGAAGUCCUCAUUUCCAAAUAGAUCCUUCCAGUUCAAAGUAUACAUUAGGAUUGUUUGUCAUGCCAUGUACAGCAGAUCUAGGCGGAGCAAGCUACCCCUGUUAAGGGCGUUCAUAUCUGACAUAGUGUCAGACUUAAAAGGGGUCUCAGCAAACUUACACUCGGAGAUUUAGCCACAGCCUCUCAGAGCCUGCACUGUGUCUCACACGGUGCAUUGUAGAUAGGGCCUCUAGCUUACCACUUGUUUCCUUUUUGGGUAAUUAUACACUUUUGUCCAUUUCCAGAGGAAUGUACUAAGGGCUUGGAAAUUCUGUAAUACUCUUACUUGGUAUGUCCUCAUGAUCAUGCACAUCUAGCUUUGUCUGGUUUCCUCGUUUGAAAAAGCCUUGUGGUGAGGCCACUUAUGGAAUCUUUAGAUUCUGUUUUAGUGCUCCUACAGAGCAGUGUUUUGGUUUUGUUUUGUGUUUUAAAGUAACAUAUAAAGACCAAAUUCCUGGCUCGUGCUCUCUCCAGCUAACAAAGCAUUCUUGGUGCCAGCCUGAGUCGGACAGCAGGUCGUCGGCACUCCGCGUUUCUGAGUGAACUGACCUUUGCCUUAGAAUCACUCGGCGACUUCAGGAGGUGGCUGUUCUUCUGUACCUUUCACGCAUUUGCGUUCUGUGAUCUCACUUCAGAAGUUCCUCAGCAGGCAAGGCAAUGCAGUGGGUUUCCGAUGGGCACGUGCUAUAGAACACGAUGGGAGCAUGAGCUCGGAGACGUCCCGCUGGAUGGUUCUCAGGAUCCGAGGUGGUGCCAAGAGGAGUUUUGAGUGAUUCACAAAUGUUUGGCAUGAAUGUGACUUGACCCUGUGGCUAGAACACUCACUCAGCAGUGACCUCGGAGAGGUGUUCAGUCCUCGGUGCAGAAGCUGAGUGACUGGGGCCCACAUGCAACAGUUCUCAGUGGAGGAUUGUCUUCCAAGGGAGCUUUGUCAAGGCCAAGGCGCUUCUGCCUACGGUAACUUAAGAUGUUGGAGUGUGUGUGUGUCGAGAGGUGGGUACUACUGUCAUCGGUGAGCAGAUGCUGCACAUGCCCUGGAUGGCAGAUGUCCCAGACCAGUCAUCCUGAGGCAGAGAAGCCUGUUGAGGGGAGAGUGGCAGCAUAAGGUGUUGCGGCGUUCAGACCCAUCUGGGAAGCGCUGUCUGUACUGGCGUGCAACUGUUGCGGCAUUCUGCCUGUUUAUAUCCUGUGUGUGUCUGUGUCUAUCCCCGUCUGUCAGUCUGGGCUGUCUGGCAAUACCCUGUGUGUGUGUGUGUGUGUGUGUGUGUGUGUGUGUGUGUGUGUGUGUGGCCCUGCCAGCCUGGGCUACCUGGAAAUACCGUGUGUGUCCCAGCCCAAUAGAUAAGACUAAUGUGACAAAGUGUUAAGCUGUUGAGUCUAGAAUUUGCUUCUGAUGCUGGAAGGUUUUACAAUAAAAUUUGAAUUCAGUAGUCA